GUUUGUUGAUUAUAGUCGCUCCACUUCAAUGUUUGUUUACUGGUCCAUUGGUCGUAUCAUUAUGGGAAAUUGCGCUUUUGCUCGCAGGUCAUUGUUUUAAAAUUAAUAUAAUUAUGUACAAUGGCCUGUCCUGCCAAUGACAUUAUCCAGAGACCUCUUCAAAAUGCCAUGCGACUCGUAAAAGUGGCGAUUCAGUUGGAUUCGGGUAACAGACAUAAGGAAGCUUACUGUGAAUACUUGAGAAGUGUCAACUACAUCUCUCAUGCACUACUUCAGGAUGCAGCAUUUAAAGCUGUGGGAGAGAUGGAGGAAGUGGAAGUGGGGAAGAUGGUAAAGUUGGCUGAGCAGUGCUUAGAGAGAAUAAAAUCCUUUAUAGGAAAGAGAAAUGAAACCUCUGUUUCUAAUUCUUCUCCAACCCCAGUCCAGGCAUCAUCACUUGCACAGAUAACCCCUCAAACCAGUACAAAAACAUUAGGGACUUUCAAUAGAACACUGAUGGACUCGAGUAAAUUAUGCCUGAUCGAGCAGAACUCUCAGCAUCGCAGAGUGUUCUCAGAAGGUAAGGGGGAAGACUGUCCUUUCCUGCCACCUGAACUAUUCCAGAAGCUCCAAGUUGUGGAGUCACAAGACAACAAAAAAGAAUUAACACCUAUUGAGGAGGCGUCAUGUCUGAACCAGAAACUAAAAGCUAAUUAUGAGGCACGUCUGGCGCGACUUGCCCCCGGUCAGGCCACACAGAAAACAUCACUGACUCUCUCUCUUCAGAGACAAAUGAUGGAGAACCUGAUUAUAGCCAGAGCCAGACAAGAUGCUCUCCAAAGGAAGAUGGAAGAGAGAAGGCUCAGGCUGCAGGAGCAAGCCAACAGGAAGUUUUCUUGUUCUGCAAUUAUGACACCUGAGGAGCAGGAGCAGAGGAUUCUGUAUGCAAAUAUAUUGGAAUAUGAACAAGAUCAUGAUUGGCCUAAAGUAUGGAAAGCUAACCUAAAGAAGAAUCCAAAUGAUGCAACUUUGGUUUCAGGUCUGGUCACCUAUCUUCUUAGCUGUCCAGACCAUCCUGUUGUGAAGCUAUUGAAGAAGCUCCAGUAUCAAGUGUAUAACAGGCUGUACCCCAUAAUAAGCCAAACUGUUCCUCCAAGCCCAACGCCUGGCCACUCUGUGCAUUUAAAACUUUCACACAGUGCGCAGAACCUGCUGCUCCCUCCGAGUCCGCCGAGUCUGCGCAAGCCUGGCCUAAGCCACAGCCUGUCAGACGCCUCCAUCUCCCUCUCGCCACUCCCCGACCUCAAUGCUAACAACACGGCAUCUAAAAUGGAUUCAGAAGAGCUCUUGACCCCGGUCCCUCCAGACCGGGAGAACUCUUUUGAGGAUCUGGAGCAGUACAUGACCCAGCUGGGCUGGGUUUCAGCUUGUGCAGAAGACACAGUCUCUGAUUUAACCUUUGACUUGACCCACAGUGACAUGGACACCCACAGUGACAUGGACGCCCACGUUCAGGACCUGGAGGAACGAGCUUUGAAAGAACACCUGAAAGCCACAGUCAAAGACAUCCACAAUGCCAUUGAUCGUCUGCUGUCUCUGUGUCUGCUUUCUUUUGAAUGUCUCAACACUGCAAGCUCCAAAGACCAGUGUGUAGCAUGCAUAGAGGAGGUCUUCUUCACCCCAAUAUGGGGCCCUCUACUGGCACUCUUUAGGAAAGUGCACCGAGAUCGAGAGCUGGCUUUUGAGAGCAGUGUUCUCCUGUACCAUAAUGCCUCACCUGGUGAUGUUGGUGUAGCAGACAAACUGUUCCCCAAAGACCCUGCUGUUCUGCAUGGUUCCUACCCAUACGAGUGUGCAGUACAAGAACUAAAACUCCUGUGUAAAGACUGCUGUCCUCAAAAGAAGCUAGAAUGCAUAGUGAGAACCUUAAGACUCAUUUGUGCCUGUGCUGAGCAUUACCGUCUCCUUCAAGAGAAUGAUCCAUCACCAAAAACGGCAGCCAUUGGAGCAGAUGAUCUGCUGCCCAUUUUAUCGUAUGUGGCCUUGCGCAGUGAACUGCCUCAACUCGUCUCUGAAUGUGCUGCACUGGAAGAGUUCAUCCAUGAGGGUUAUCUGAUUGGAGAGGAGGGCUACUGCUUAACCUCAAUGCAGAGUGCCCUGACGUAUGUGGAGUCACUACACUUGGGUGGAGCUUUGCAGCUGGCUGCCAAACUCACCUGAGUCAGUGGUAAGGAGAUGUUCUCCAGGACAGGAACUUCUUAUCCUUCCUCCUCAUCAGGGCUGCAAGAUUAAACACCUCUCUUCAAUUCAGCACACACUAUAGAAGAGGUUACACAAAGCGAGUCUGGAGCUUUCCAGCCUCAAAAGCGUGAGAGCUCUGAAUCCUGCUGUGUUGCAGAGUUGCGUCCCAAAUGGUUUCGGGUUAGAGGAGUGGAAUCGGGUUGAUGUUAUGAGGGAAUUGUUUUUGGGCGUUUAUCUCAUUUAAUGGAAAAACUUAAAUCAAGUAGCGUGCCUAAUUUUAUUGUCCGUUCAUCCUGUUUUGUCUUCCUCAUAAUGUGGCUGUUUGAAGUGCUUUACUGUGAGUGAAUAGGAUCUAAAGCAUUAUAACCAUUUGCUUUUUUUUAAAUUACCCGGGCUAGUGUAGAUAUCUUCUGAAGAAGUACAAUGGCAUAAUUAUUCUGUUUAAAAUGACUCAUGGACAGUCGUGAAGAGAUUGCUCUGACUGACUAACAAAUUGUGCAAUUUAAGUGUGUUUUAUCAUUUCCUUGAAGGAAAUUCAAAGUACUGACAUGCUAAUUCAAUGAGGAAAAACAAUGGAGUCCGUAAACUUCUGGCACAGUAUAGUUAAUGUAAUAGAGAAUGUUUCAGACAAAUAUCAUAUAACUAACUUGAUAUUUUGGGGGCAUAUAUGCUUUUGUGAAUGAUGUUCUGCCAAGUCAUUGCAGGCUGGAUAAUAAAUGGGAUUUCUUGGAAGUAGAAUGGUAUGAGAGAUAUGCCAGACAAUCCCCCCCUCCCCCCCCUCCUUUUUUUCUUUUUGACUGUGCUAGGUGACCUGCAUCAGCAGUGGAUCAGCACCUUGUGAAGAUUAACACACGGUAUUGGACUGCACAUUUGUUGAAUAUUAUCUUUAAGGUUCCAUGUAGUACAUAUUAUAUAACCUUGCACUCCCCCCCCCCCCCCCGUGCAUUAUACUGUUUGUACAUGCAAUUAUAUGGUCCUGUGUAGUGUGUUGCUGCUUUAGAAUGUUUUAUUGAACUAAAGUUCCUGAUCUGUACUGUUUUGUUUUUUUUGUUUUUUUAAAGUUAAUUGAACAUUUCAAAAAAAAAAAAAAAAGUUAAUUGUAUUGAAAGAAAAAAGGUUUUGAAAGGAUCACUUUUUUGUAGUUUUGCCAACAUCCACUUUCUGCUAAAAGGUGUAGAUUUUAUACUUUUUUUUUCUUUUCUUUUUUUAAUAUAUAUAUAUAAAGGUGAUGACUUUUUGAUGCUUCAGUGUAUUUUACUCUCCAUUUCAAUUACACAAACUGAAAUGGUGAAGCAAAAAAGUGUGAAUGAAUCAUAAUGUGUAUGAAUAUUAAAUGCUGGCAUUGCUGUGCCAUCUAGCUAAUGUAAAUGUUUAUCUAUCCUAAUGUAACAUCUGUCUAAUAUAAAUACGUAUGUCAUUUUGUGGUGUUAUUGUUUUUACAUCACUGGCUGCUGUCAUCUCAAUCAGUUGUAUGUUUGCUAAUAACCUUUAAUGUGAAUUUGUUGAAAAGAAUGCAUCUGAGUAUAGGUAAUAUAUUGGAUUUUCUAAUAAUAAAAGCAUAAGUAACCCUUA